CGGUUUUGAUUUAUAGAACUAGAACAGAACAGAGAGCUGUCUGUCUGGACAUUUUCUUAAAGUAGUCGUCUUAAUUUGCCGGGGAGAUCAGUAGCUGCACGCAGCACGUGCGUUGAUGGCUCCAAAGCGGAAGGGGAAGAAGGUCGUGGGAGUGGUGAGGACCACCAGGAAGGUUGUCCAAGAAACCGUGCAAGUUGCUGUGGUUGACAAUGACACUAACAAUGGCAACACCCAGCCGAGCCAGAUCAGUUUGCCGGAUUUCGAAGGCGAAACCGAGGAGCUUCAAGAGGAACAGGAGCUGGAGACUGGGAUGGGGCUAGGUACAGAAGAAGAAGAAGAAGCUCCUCUCACUUUCAUCGGCGGCAGUGCCAGCACUCCUCCCUCGAGUUCGAUGACGAGGAGGAUGUCCACCAGGCGGACCAUCAUUGUCGAAGACAAGAUACCCGAAGGUGCUCCCACCAAGCUGCGAGUUCCGGUCGAGGAACCUGCAGCGCCGAGGGAAACUGUCGCUGUAAGAACUGAAGGAUGGACUGAGGAGAGGCGGCCCGAAGAGCAGCCUCAAAGCACGGAAGAGAACCAAGAGUCCUCUAAAAAUCGGAUCGAGGAGGAGGACGUGGCCCGGGAAUCAGAAACUCGGCGAGAGAAGGGCCCAGUAUCAGAACAAGAGGCCGAGGAAAAUGAUGCACGGGAAAAGCCAAAGGCUGAGAAGGGCGAUGGUGCGAAGAAGGCGAGGUCAAAGCAGAGGAGAGGUAGGCGGAAGAGAACGGAGGAGGUUGGGAAUGAGGAGUACAGGAGGUACGUGUUCAAGGUGUUGAAGCAGGUGCACCCGGGGAUGAGGAUAUCGGGGCAGGCGAUGACGGUGCUGAAUGGGUACAUGAACGACAUGUUCGAGCGGCUGGCGGAUGAGGCGGCCAAGCUCUCGAGGUACACUGGGAGGCUGACCCUGUCGUCGAGGGAGAUCCAAGGGGCAGUGAGGCUGGUCCUGCCAGGGGAGCUCGGGCGGCAUGCCAUCGCGGAGGGGGCCAAGGCCGUGUCCAACUACAUGUCCCAUGACGCAUCCCGAUAACUAACUAGUUUAGCCUUGAGGUGGGAAGACCAAACCAAUCAAGUCUUUUUAGCUUAGGUUUAUUAAUUAACUUUUCUAUGUCUUUGGCUUUGUUAUUGUGGUUUUGAAGUGACUUUAUUUUUUUUUUUUUUUCGGUGAUAUUGAAGUGACUUUAGUUUAAUCCUAGUCUUAGGUUAUGUGUAUCCAAGUGUGGAUUAGUUUCUGCUAUUUGGAUAAGAAUGUUUGUGUACGUUGUAUUGUUUGCCUCCUUAUGUUUUGGUUUCAGGUCGUGUUAGAAGAGAAAGGGGGGCUCGAAUCGGCCACAAACAGCUAUAUGUAAUAUCUAAUUAAUCAAUGGUAGGAAUAUUUAUGUUGUUAGCAUCA